AUGAAAUUCAAUCCACUUGUUUCAUCCAGUGCCCGUAAAUCUCGCGCUAGACACUUCAAUGCUCCAUCACACGUUAGACGUGUUAUUAUGUCAGCUCCUCUUUCAAAGGAACUUCGUGAGAAAUAUGGUGUCCGCUCCUGUCCAAUUAGAGUAGAUGACGAAGUUACCGUUGCUACUGGACGUGCCAAGGGAAACUCUGGACGUGUUGUCAAGUGUUACCGUAAAAAAUUCGUUAUUCACAUUGAUAAAGUUCAACGUGAAAAGGCUAAUGGAACAACUGUCAACAUUGGAAUUCACCCAUCAAAUGUUAUUAUCACAAAACUUAAGUUGAAUGAUGAUAGACGUAAAACAUUAGAACGUAAAGCAGAAGGACGUAAAGCUGUUCUUGGAGAACUUAAGGGAAAACACUCCACUGUUUAA